AAGCUGAAAGCGUUCAGGGACAUAACCCGAGUAACCAAGACCCAAACAACAAAGAAGGGUUAGAGAGAGAGAGUUGUUGGCGAUCAAUCGUCAUCGUGGUGGUGGUGAGAGAGCAUCAACAAGCAUUGCUUCAACAAAAUAAUAGCAACACCAUCACAUGUAUCAUCAGCAUCACCAUCCCGCCCUCGUCGCCGCUGCCAUGUCCCAGAUGGAGCCCAUCCCUGGUGGGAAUCUGCCUCCUGGUUUUGAUUCUUCUUCUUGUCGCAGCGUUUAUGUUGGAAAUAUUCAUGUCAACGUCACUGACAAACUUCUUGCUGAAGUUUUCGCCACUGCCGGCCCUCUUGCUGGAUGCAAACUCAUCAGGAAGGAUAAGUCAUCAUACGGUUUUGUGGACUACCAUGACCGAUCAUCUGCAGCACUUGCAAUAAUGACAUUGCAUGGACGCCAACUUUACGGUGAGGCGCUUAAAGUGAAUUGGGCAUAUGCCAGCGGCCAAAGAGAGGACACAUCAGGGCAUUUCCACAUAUUUGUUGGUGAUUUGAGUCCAGAGGUUACUGAUGCAACUUUAUAUGCGUGCUUCUCAGUCUUUCCUAGUUGCUCUGAUGCAAGGGUCAUGUGGGAUCACAAAACUGGACGCUCAAAAGGAUAUGGCUUUGUUUCAUUCCGUAAUCAGCAGGAGGCACAAAGUGCUAUUAAUGACUUAACUGGUAAAUGGCUUGGAAACAGGCAGAUAAGAUGCAAUUGGGCAACUAAAGGUGUUGGUUCCAAUGAAGAUAAGCAAAACAGUGAUAACCAAAAUGCAGUUGUUCUUACUAAUGGAUCUUCAGCAGGAAGUCAGGAAAACACUAAUGAGGAGGCUCCUGAAAACAAUCCUGCAUAUACCACUGUCUAUGUCGGCAAUCUUUCUCAUGUGGUUACUCAAGCUGAGCUGCAUGGUAAUUUUCAUGCCCUUGGGGCUGGAGUAAUUGAGGAGGUGCGUGUCCAGAGAGAUAAAGGUUUUGGAUUUGUUAGAUACAACACUCAUGAAGAAGCAGCCUUCGCCAUUCAAAUGGGCAAUGGAAAGAUAGUUUGUGGAAAGCCCAUGAAGUGCUCAUGGGGUAGCAAGCCAACCCCUCCUGGAACAGCUUCAAAUCCAUUGCCACCUCCAGCUCAACCAUAUCAGAUCGCUCCAUCAACUGGUAUAAACCAAGGCUACUCUGCAGCUGAUUUGUUGGCCUAUCAGCGCCAACUUGCCUUAAGCCAGGCAGCUGCAUCUGGCCUUUCAGGCCAAGCUCUUGUACAGCUGACCGGACAGCAUGGCCUAUCUGCAGCUUCAAUGGGCUUGAGCUCCAGUGGGUCCCAAGCUCUGUAUGAUGGAUAUCCUAACAGUUUGGCAGCAGCUCAGCAGCUCAUGUAUUACCGUUAAUUGUAGGGCUAUUUUUGGAUGAUUUUCUUUUGUGGGUAUCUUUUCUUCUUUGAGUCAUGGAGUUCUCUAAACUAAGUCUUUAAUUACCUUUAUCUGUGUUAUAUCGUGUAACAUGUAAUUUGAAAGGGGCAUUUUGAAAACGAUGCCCAUCUCUUGGAUUGAGUUUAUUUUACUCUGAUCAAUCGUUCGGCAAA